AUGGAUAAUGUCUUAAUUUGGAAUGUGAGGUCAGUGAACACUCAAAAAGCUUUUCAAAGAUUAAUUAAACUCCAUAGGAAGUAUAAUUUUUAUCUGAUUGGGUUGGAGACUUGGCAAGACAUAGAUCAACUUGAGAUAUAUAGAAGAAGCCUGGACAUAAAAACUGUGGUUGCUAAUGUGAAUGGAAAAAUCUGGGCUUUCAUAGAUGAAGAUAUUGAUGUAGAGGUGUUGUAUGACAUGGAACAACAACUGAAUCUUAAGUUAUUCCAUAGAGUACUAGGUAAACAUUUGAUUGUGACACUAGUGUAUGCUAAGUGUACUGCUUUAGAAAGAAUUGAACUAUGGGAAUCACUGUAUCAUUUAGCUUCAGACAUGAUGAUUCCUUGGCUAGUAGGAGGUGAUUUUAAUGUCAUUUUAUCUGAGGAAGAGAAGUAUGGUGGAUUGCCAGUAUCUAACAAUGAAGUAGCAGACUUUGCAUAUUGUGUUGAUACUUGUGCACUGUAUGAUGUUGGCUUCAAAGGAAGCUUGUACACAUGGUGGAAUGGAAGAUCAGACGAUGCAUGUAUUUUCAAAAGGAUAGAUAGAUAUCUAGCUAUCCAACAAUUUCAAGACAUGUUUCCAUCAUUAGAAGUAGAGCAACUUAUCAAAUAUGGCUCAGACCAUGCCCCUUUGGUGUUCUCUUGCAAUGUUAACACAGUAAAGGCUUCUAGUGCUCUAUCUUCACCUGGUGGCAACUAA